AUGAUGACGCCCUGGUUACAUUUCAGUGGUGGAGACUACUUGAUUUUCAAGACUUGGAUGCCUGAGUCGAAAGGUGCAAUCACCGGCGCUUGCAUUGCGCUAGUCGCGUUUUGUAUUCUUGAACGUUGGAUUUCGGCGUUCCGACGUCAAAUGGAGAUUCAAUGGGGAGUGCUUGCGCUACUCUUACAAACGCAGCGUAAUUCGGAUGAUGCCCAACACAUCCACGAUAAACCCAAAGAUUCUUCCGAUGGGAUAGAUGCGAUUGAGAGGUCUUCCUCUCUUCCAUUCACUCCAACGACAGUCCGCAGUCGCUCGAGGCUUGUGCCUCCCUUCAUUCCCAUGCAGGAUAUUCCACGGGGGAUAUUGCAAGCUGUUCAAUCACUCUUUUCGUACGCCUUGAUGUUGGCGGUCAUGACGUUCAAUGCCUCGUAUAUCAUAUCCAUCAUUGUGGGUCUUGCCAUAGGUGAAAUUCUGUUCGGGCGAAUUGGUCGCCUAAAUGGAGGUCGAGUUUAG